GCGAUCGAUCCAAUUCGUAAGCAAUAACUGUCUGUGCCAAGUCUGCCUGCUUGUGGUGAAUGAUUGAGAGAACGUUCGUCUUGGUGAACACGUUCCAUAGAAUGCGUGUGUCGAAUUAUUGAGAGAACAGGUGACAAUAACGAUUGUAGUCGUCGAGUAGAGUGGAGUCAUUGUGAAAUUGACAGUUGGUCGGCUGCUAGACUGCGGCGUGGAAGACGAACACAUACAAGUUGCGUGGCGUUAUGAGUAUCAACUUGUGUGUAGGGGAGCCUUCUGCAGCUUGCAUACUGAGCUAGACACCACCAUCGCUGACCUCGCGAGGUCGAUCGCGGUAUAUUGGGACAGGGAUCCGCAGUGAGGUUAUGUUAUAAGAAACUGAGAAGACCGUUACUGCCGAGAGGGGAGCCUUGUGGCUGGCAUCGGAGGGAAGAAUUAGCUAUGGCGUCGAGGCAGCAGAGGAGCGAGAGUUCGGGUCCUGCUAUUGGAAUUGAUCUCGGCACGACGUACAGUUGCGUGGGCGUCUGGCAGCAUGAUCGCGUAGAGAUCAUUGCCAAUGAUCAGGGGAAUAGGACCACGCCGUCCUACGUGGCUUUCACUGACACGGAGCGGUUGAUUGGCGAUGCUGCGAAGAAUCAGGCGGCCAUGAAUCCGGCGAACACGGUGUUCGAUGCGAAACGGCUGAUCGGGCGCAAGGUGAGCGACCCGUCCGUGCAGGCGGACAUGAAGCUGUGGCCUUUCAAGGUGGUGGCUGGCAGCGGGGACAAGCCCAUGAUCAGCGUCGCCUACAAGGGAGAGUCCAAGCAGUUCGCCCCCGAGGAGAUAUCGUCGAUGGUGCUGACGAAAAUGAAGGAGAUCGCCGAGUCGUACCUGGGGAAGGACGUCAAGAACGCGGUGAUCACGGUGCCGGCAUACUUCAACGACUCGCAGCGGCAGGCGACCAAGGACGCGGGCGCCAUAGCGGGGCUCAACGUGCUGCGGAUCAUCAACGAGCCCACGGCGGCGGCCAUCGCGUACGGGCUGGACAAGAAGGACAAGUCGGGGGGGGAGGCGAACGUGAUGAUCUUCGACCUGGGAGGCGGGACGUUCGACGUGUCGCUGCUGACGAUCGAGRACGGCAUUUUYGAGGUGAAGGCGACGGCCGGGGACACKCACCUGGGRGGGGAGGACUUCGACAACAGGAUGGUUCACCACCUKGUCCAGGAGUUCAAGAGGAAGCAYARGAAGGACAUCACGGGGAGCGCGAGGGCGCUGAGGAGGCUGCGCACGGCGUGCGAGCGCGCGAAGCGCACGCUGUCCACCACGGCGCAGACGACGAUCGAAAUCGAUUCCCUCUACGRGGGGAUCGACUUCUACACCACGAUCACGCGCGCKCGCUUCGAGGARCUGAACAUGGACCUGUUCCGGAAGUGCAUGGACCCGGUGGAGAAGACGCUGCGCGACGCCAAGAUGGACAAGUCGCAGGUGACGGAGGUGGUGCUCGUCGGAGGGUCGACCCGCAUUCCCAAGAUCCAGCAGCUGUUGUCCGACUUCUUCCACGGGAAGGAGCUGUGCAAGAGCAUCAACCCCGACGAGGCGGUUGCGUACGGCGCGGCAGUGCAGGCGGCCAUCUUGACGGGCGAGACGAGCGAGAAGGUGCAAGAUCUGCUGCUCCUGGACGUGACGCCGCUCAGCCUGGGUAUCGAGACGGCUGGCGGCGUGAUGACGGUCCUCAUUCCACGAAAUUCCACGAUCCCGACGAAGAAGGAGCAGAUCUUCUCCACGUAUGCGGACAAUCAGCCGGGCGUUCUAGUCCAGGUGUACGAGGGCGAGCGCGCCAGAACGCGGGACAACAACCUGCUGGGCAAGUUCGAGCUGUCGGGCAUUCCUCCCGCGCCGCGCGGCGUGCCCCAGAUCACCGUCACCUUCGACAUCGACGCCAAUGGCAUCCUGCAUGUGAGUGCGGAGGACAAGAGCACCAAGCAGAGGAGCAAGAUUACGAUCACCAACGACAAGGGGAGGCUGAGCGAGGAGGAGAUAGAGCGGAUGGUGAGGGACGCAGAAAAGUUCAAAUCGGAGGACGAGGAGGCGAGGAAGAAGGUGGAGGCCAAGAACGGUCUCGAGAAUUACGUGUACAACCUGAGAAACACCGUGCUGAAGGAUGACAACGUGGCGUCCAAGCUGGACCCGGCAGACAAGGCGAAGAUGGAGAAAAAGGUGGAGGAGGUGAUAUCCUGGCUGGAUCGCAAUCAGCUGGCGGAGACGGACGAGUUCGAGGACAAACAGAAGGAAUUGGAGAGCCUGUGCAAUCCGAUCAUGUCCAAGAUGUAUGCCUCGUCGGCCGGGGUCGGCGGCAUGGGCGGAGGUGCGGGGGGCUUCCCCGGCGCGGGCGCAGCAGCAAGUGGCAAGUCAACGUCGGGCGCUGGAAACGGGCCAGUGAUUGAGGAAGUGGACUAAGUGAACUGACGUGGAGCAAAUGAGGUGUGUAGGAGGGGGAGUUCCCCGCCGCGGGCGCAGCAGCACGGGGCAAGUGGACGGCGGGAGCAGGAAAUGGGCCACUGAUUGAGGAAGUUGACUAAAUUAACUGACGUGGAAGAAAUGAGGGUGUAGGAGGAUGGGUUCCCCACCGCGGGCGCAGCAGCACGUGGCGAGUCGAUGGCGGUAGCAGGAUACGGGCCAGUGAUUGAGGAAGUGGACUAAAUUAACUGACGUGGUGCUAAUGAGGGUGUAGGAGAAGGGGGUUCCCCGCCGCCGGCGCAGCAGCACGUGUUAAGUCAACGUCAAGCAAGGGAUGGAGGAAGUAGACUUGCACUGACGUGGAGCAACUGAGGGUGUAGGAGGUGUGGGGGAUAAACAGUAGAUCGUAGAUAAACCAUACCCAGGUUGUUUGGAGGCGCUCCUUGUGUGCAGCGGAACUUUUCAGUAUGUCAGAGCAUGUUCACACGAGCACAUUUUAGACGUAUCUGACCGUAAUUACGGCCGUACUUAGUUAUACUUGAUUGCAAUUGUGUCCAGGAAUAAGCGAAGGAGUUCCUUGUGUGAGCAUGCCGCGUCAGUGCCUUCAUCUGAUACUUGUGUCAAGUAGGUGGGAUCUUCGGAGGUUGGUAGCUGGCGAGGGGAGAUGGUGAACUGUUGGAAGAAGGUGGGGGAAAUUUGCUGACAGUGUGUCGUAAUUUCGGCGAUCCGGCGACGUUAAGAUAGAAUUUAGUUCUUUUAUUUUCGUCAUUAAUUUCAAUUGAUUACUCACACUAUUUUAUUUUUAUUUUAUUUUAUUCACACUAUUUUCCACGCAGUCAGCUGGGUAAUUAACUUAAUAAUCAGUUGGGAGAGAUACUGGACGCUGAUCUUAGCGAUCUACGGCUGCAUUUUAUGUCAGUUCUGGCUAGCUGGAGUGAAAUCGUAGUCCCAGCACUUGAGGGUGGAGGGUGCGUGCAUUUUUGCGAGAAAAAAGGCAGUCGCUGGAGUAAAAUUCCUGUGUUUUA